CCCAGAGCGGCCUAAGCAGAGCGGCUCCAGCGAGCGGCGCCGCCAGCAGACAGGCAUGACGCCGGCGUAGACUCGCCACCAGUAUGGAGCUGGCGGUGCUUCGCGACGACUGCGGGGGUGGUGGCAGCGGCAGCGGGGGCGGUGGAGGCGGCAGCGGCGGCGGGAGCGGCAGCGGGUCGGCCACGACCGCGCCUCGCGUGCUGGACGACGGCUACGGCUCGUCCAACAGCUCGCCGCACAGCUCAGGGCCGCGCCAGUCUCGGGCGAGCUGCGGUCACAACACCACCGCCUGUGUCCUGACGCGCAAGAGAGACCUGCAGGUCCAGCUGGAGGACGCCGAGAAGGGCCCGGUCGUCGUGGGCGUCGCGUUGUGCCCGUCCAGCGCCGGCGACGGUCUUUUGGAAGCCGACAAAGUGAGGCUCAUGAGUGCUUGUUUUGAAGUUCAGUAUCUGUUCCUUACAUUCCAUAAUCCUGAUCUCCUCAAUAUGCCUUGA